AUGAACAGCACUCUUCGCAUCUUGAACGAGGGCUGGUCGUAUACCCAGGUUGGGGGUGGUCUAGGGACACAAGACGGAGAGUGGCUGUCUGCAACUGAGUUUCCUACUACUGUGCACGUCGAACUUAUCAGAUUGAAGAAGAUACCAGACCCUUUCAUCGGGCUCAACGAAUGGGAUGUCCAAUGGGUCGGCGAGGCUGAAUGGGCAUUCAAGACCACAUUCACUGUGUCAGAGCGAGAGCUCACUUCUCCCAGCCUUGACCUGGUUUUCGAUGGUCUCGACACCUUCGCCGCAAUAGACCUUAAUGGCCGGAAGCUCCUCGACACGCAAAAUCAAUUUGUGUCCUACAGAACGUCUGUGAAGGAGUUCCUCAAGCCCGGAGCCAAUGAGCUUGUCAUCACCUUCGAGAGCGCUUUUCUCAAGGGUAGGGAACUUGAGAAGCAGCACGGGAAACUCAACCUUUGGAACGGGGAUUCUAGCCGUCUUCAUGUACGCAAGGCUCAGUACAACUAUGGCUGGGACUGGGGUCCUGUAUUGAUGACAGCGGGUCCUUGGCGUCACAUCUACCUACAUGCGUACCAAUCUCGAAUUAUUGACUUGUGGGCUUCGUCUUCAGUGGGCUCGGAUCUCGAUGCGGAUCUUGAUGUCAGCAUCUCAGUUGCCACGGAUGUAGCGAGCCUGGCCGAAGUCAUUCUCAAAAGCCCAUCAGGCUCUGUAGUCGUCGGGCAGAAACAGAUCAAGUUAGGAACUUCCCCCGUGAGGGCUCGGUUUCAUUUCGCCAAGGGAGAAGUGGACCUGUGGUAUCCUAUAGGUUAUGGCGAACACCCCAUCUACCAAGUUCAAGUCAACAUUACAGAUGAGGAGGGCAACCUCCUCGACUCCAAAGCAGAGAACAUAGGCUUCCGUCGCGCCCUUGUGGUGGAGGAUAAACUCGAUGACCAGGAAGGCCUUACUUUUCUAUUUGAAGUCAACAAUAUUCGAAUCUUCUGUGGAGGAUCUAAUUGGAUACCUGCGGAUUCGUUUUUGACAACAAUGACUCCAGAGCGCUACCGCGCCUGGUUACAAUUGCUUGUUGAUGGUAAUCAGAAUAUGAUUCGUAUCUGGGGUGGAGGUAUUUAUGAAGCCGAUGUUUUCUAUGAAAUCUGUGAUGAACUAGGCAUCCUCGUGUGGCAAGAUUUCGCAUUUGGGUGCGGGCAAUACCCAGCCUAUGACUCUUUCCUUGACAAUAUCACUGUUGAGGCAGAGCAAAACGUGAAGAGAUUGAGGCACCAUCCGUCGAUCGUCAUCUUUGCUGGAAACAAUGAAGAUUACCAGGUCGCUGAGUCCUUGAAGCUUGAAUUGGACUACAGCGACGAAAAAUCAGACUUCCGCAAGACCAACUUCCCGGCGCGCCAUAUUUAUGAGCGCGUCUUGCCUAGCAUCGUCGAGACUUUCUCCGAUAUUCAUUACCAUCGGAGCUCCCCUUACAGUGGUCAGGGAAAGCUCACAACAGAUAAGCAAUACGGCGACUUGCAUCAAUGGAAUGUAUGGCACGGGUCUCAGGAACCAUGGCAUAAUUGGGAUAUUCUGGCGGGGAGGUUUGUCUCUGAAUUCGGAAUGGAGGCUUAUCCCGAUAUUCGCACCGUUGAUUAUUGGCUUGAUGGUGACAAGUCUGAGCGUUUCCCACAAUCCAGGACAACCGUCAAUCAUAACAAAGCAGACGGUUUCGAACGUCGAAUCGAACUCUACUUGAUGGAGAAUUUCAAACAUGCCUUCGACAUGGAAAGCUAUGUGUAUUACACGCAAAUCAUGCAGGCGGAGACGCUCUCUGCCGCAUACCGACUUUGGAGGAGGAAUUGGCGUGGCAAGGGGAAGGAACAUACCGCGGGGGCCCUUGUGUGGCAGAUCAACGACUGUUGGCCAGUAACAUCUUGGGCCAUCGUUGACUAUUUCCUUCGCCCAAAGCCAGCAUUCUUCACCAUUGCCAGAGAACUCCGUCCUUACACUGUAGGUAUGACGAGGAAAGAGAUCAAGCAUUUCGCGGAUGAUCGCACCGCCGCCUUUUUCACCAUCACUUCCGUGCUCGAGAUCUGGGGCACGAACAGCACCCUACAGGAGAAAAAGGUCACUCUGGCAGUCACGUCUUCCGACCUGGAAGAUCCCCAUUGGAGCGACCGAUGGGAUAAGGAAGUCGUUCUUGCGCCGAACUCGAGCACUGAGCUCUGGAAGGGAAACGUGCCUGGCGAGCCAGUGCGCACUAAAUCCAGCGAGGCACGCAAGACGAUCAUCGUGAGUGCAAGGUUGGUCGACGAAAGCGGAACGGUGUUGAGCCGGUAUUCAAAUUGGCCUGAGCCAUACAAAUAUAUCCACUUCCCUCCCCGAAAGAAUUUAGGUUUUAAGAUCACGCCGCUUGCUGAUGGGGAGUCCCUCGAGCUAUCGACAGAGACGCCAAUGAAGGGGAUCGUGUUGGAUGUUGAAGGAGAGGCUAUCAGGUGGGGCGACCAAGCGAUUGAUCUUGUUCCCGGCGACGUUCAAGUCAUCAAGGCAGUGGGACUCAAGGGCAGAGAGGUCAAAGUCAGGUUCCUUGGAGAUGGCACUGCGUAGGUUAUUGCUGCUCUGGACGGGGAGAUAUCAUAUGAAAUGUAAGUUAGCGCGAUGUUGUAUGCGAAAGAUAUGCGAGAGCGUGGAAUCUCAUUGCGAGCACAGACGCCCGCUUGCAAUUCGCCGAUACUAGUACCUCUCAAUGGCCGCGUUUUGUUGCAUGCCGCUUGGACUAUUGCCCUCAUCAGACGGUAGAUAGGAGCAUGCAUCAGAAUGAUAUUAUAACCACUAGGGGGGCGUACUACAGCAGCUUUUAUCUGCUGGGGGAGUAGAGGUUGGAAGGUGAUAGAAGUACAAGCUUUACACAAGAAAAGCAUCGAAAACAUGCAACAGAAUUGUUCUAGGUAGAAGGCCGAUCCCAUAGGUCCGUGGGGAGAAAAACUAAUAAAUCAUUAAAAGAGAACCCAACAAUAGACU